AUGAAUUCCGUUGGAGAUGUCAAUGGAAAAUACAGCCGAAUGGGCCUUAACUCUGUUCGCAUUGAUAAAGCUUCCUUUUCAUUCAAAAUUUUCAGUUCAGCUUUGUUGAAGCGCAUUCAUGCUUUUGGGCAGGACAAGCGGAACCCGAUGCCGAUAUUUGGGUCGGGAACGGAUUCGUUAAAAAUGGCAUAUUUUCACGUAGUUACUCUUCCGUUUAUUAUGCUGCUCAUUGUGGUCGCAGGCAUCACGCAACUCAUCUACCUGCUGUAUUGCUUGAAAAUUGUGCCAAUUGGUGCGACGCCCCAUUUAUAUCGUUACAUCAAGAGGAACAACAGAAGCUUGAUUGUUUAUAUUGCAUUCAAAAUAGUCCUGAUUGCCGAUCUAGCAGCACUGAUUUACCAAAGCGUUGAGAAUUUAGGAAAUUACCCUGAUCAAUUGUAUGACUCAGAGCCGCUUUUUCUCAAUGGAAAAUAUUUCACCACAAAUAUCACACUUAUUCGAUCAUUCAAACUUGCAUGCGACAUGGCAUUUUCGAGAAGCAAAUGCACUGCACUUGAAAUUUGCAACAAUUCCAUCUUGAACGUUGAAUUGUUAUUUCUCGCGGUGUUUAUUCAUAUGUUUUCAAACUUGCUGGUUUUUAACCAUAUUUACAGUUUCAUCACAUUGCGCUAUUUUCCGCGUUAUGGACUCUUACGAUAUGCUAAUGAAAGAGAAAUACAUCCAGAAGUGAUAUUAAUGUUAAGAUCUCGAGCAUAUAGAAAUCUCACGUAUGUUAUCGGAAUGUUGCAAUGGACAUUUGGCAACAUGCUUAUUCAAGGUCUCAAGCAAGCGUACAAAGCGGAAAAGCGAACAAUUGCGAUAAACGGAAGUGUUUUUGAAAUUGUUGACAUAAUUCCGUUGAACAAGUCUGUCAAUAUUAUAGAUCUGCUCAAAACGUUGUAG